ACGCCCCUGCUUUACAUCAGAUGGCGCUUUAAAAAAAAAAAGACAGAGAACCUAGGAUACACGUGGAGCAGUUUCACCCCCGAGUAAACCUUACCAGACAGGGCCGAACCUAACUUCUGACGUUUUUUUUACGUCUCAUUAAGAAACUCAGCAGAAAUCCGGGCGGAAAAGCUAUUUUAAAGCGCGGGAGAUUUCUUCCGGGCUCGUGUUGAGGUUGUGCGGCGUGUCUGACUGAAAGCACAGCUACAGUCUCUGGAGAGGCAGAGAAACCAAGAACUCCAACUCACUUUGUAUAUUAACUGAAAGAAUAUGGAGGAGAUUGUGCAGCCGAAGCCUGCUCUUCUAAACGGCAACACGACCACAAAGAGAGAGGAUUACCUGGAGUGGCCCGAGUACUUCAUGGCUGUAGCUUUUCUGUCCGCACAGAGGAGUAAAGACCCGAGUUCUCAGGUAGGGGCCUGUAUAGUGAACCAGGAGAAUAAGAUUGUCGGGAUUGGCUACAAUGGGAUGCCAAACGGCUGUGAUGAUGACCUGCUGCCGUGGUCCCGCUCUGCUGAAGACCGGCUGGAUACUAAAUACCCAUAUGUGUGCCAUGCAGAGCUGAAUGCCAUCAUGAACAAGAACAGUGCUGAUGUGAAAGGCUGCACCAUGUAUGUGGCUCUGUUUCCCUGCAAUGAGUGUGCCAAACUAAUCAUCCAGGCAGGUAUAAAGGAGGUGGUUUAUCUCUGUGAUAAGUACCAUGACACGCCAGAGAUGGUCGCCUCCAGGAAGCUGCUGAGUAUGGCAGGAAUACAGUACAGGCAGUUCAAGCCCAAGAGGACUGAGAUUGUCAUUGAUUUUAAUUCCAUUAACCACCCUGGAAUGCUGAGCAGCGCGGCCAAGUGAAAAUGCAAACGGCUCACCUUGGGGAGCUGCAGAACGAGGCGAGGAAGAGGGGGAAGACUGACGAGAUUGAAAGGGACUUUGAUGCCUCUUUCCUGCAGGUCUUCUUGCCCCCCUGCUUUGUCCAAAGGAAAACUCAAGGAUACCUCGACUUUGGCGUCUUUUGAUAUUUUGAUUAACAGUACAUUCAAGAUAGUUUAAUUUGACGCUUCACUCUUUGAGUCCGUCUGUGGCAGAAGGUCUUUCGAUCCUGCUUUUUUCCUUAAAACUCUGUUUGGGUUUAGAGAAACACAAGGACUGUUGAUUUGAAAUCUUUGGUGGUUAAAAUCAUAUCCUCUGAUGUCUUUCUGCACAUGGGAAAACCUGCCUUUCUUCCUCCUUCAAACAAAGUUAAAGAAUAAUGAAGAGGCACCUUGAUUUUUCACUUUUUCUGAACUUGUUACUUUGGAAUCAGGGAUGUUACAUGCUGCUGCUGUUGGGUCUCUACAGGUGUGUUGAUGUUCAAAAUUUAUGAAUACACUGCAAAGACUUUGUGUUUUACGUAGCCUUGGUUCCAACUCUGCUUUUACUGAAAAUGAUUCUUUUUUUAUUCAUCUAACCCUCAUCAAAAGUAUUUCUUUCUCCAGCUUUUACCUGCUGAUCAUCUGUUUUAGAGGGUAGUUCUUGUGUUUUUAAACCGUGGCCCUAAGUAUUUUUUUCAACUUUUUUUGGGAUGUUAAUGACAAAAGAUAAAGUCUUGGGAUGCUGGAAAGUAUGUUCUUGCUUUGGUUACUGACAUACUCUGAUUGCUAUCUUAGUACCUGACAACAUUACAGAAAGGUUCUCUGCAGAGAUUAAAGAGGGAGUCUUUUUCUCCAGAAUCAACUGCUGCAUCACUCUCUACAAACACCAGACUACUUGAAAACAGGAGUUUGACUUUACAGAAAACAAGAGUUACUGAUCAAUCUUGGUGAAAUGUUUAAAAUUUUAAUUUUGUGUGACGUUUUAGAUCCAACAUAAACUUUGUUUAACACACAACAUUAAAAAACAAACACCAAAUGAGGCAGUGGUAAUCAAAUCACGUACAAUUGAGUUACUGUUUUUGUCAAUGGAGUCUGAAGUUUGUAGAGCGCAGGUUACUGGUUUAGAGGUAUGACAAGGUUUUUUAAAAAGUCUGCUUCCACUUAAUAUUAUCUAAGCUGCGUUCGAGUCCAAACGAAAGCUAAAACUCUCAGGUCAUUAAUAAUGGUACAGAUGGUACAGGUUAGUGGAUGUGCCUGUAGCAGAGAUUGCAGAGAUAUGCAAUGUAUGUUAGCUUGCUGGGCUAAUAAACACAAGUUAUCUCUUAUAAAUUUGCUUCUUUUUGGAGAGCUGUUCCCAAGGAAGAGAGAGUGUAACAACCGCUGCACCCAGUGUCUUCAUUAGAGCUUGAGUGUUUAGUGUUAGUGUUACUUUAGUCUGUCAUUGGCCACUCCAGCUGCUAGUCUGCACUGUCCGACAAGGUGCUAGUAUUGCUGAUCCAGCCAACCAAUCAUAAACUAGUUGAGGUUCCAUUGGACACCCAGGUAAACAGGAAAAUAGGUGCUUGUCAGAUGACUAACGCAGAGAAGCCAGUUUUUGGGACUGAUCUUUGUGCAUCAACAUUGAAUUAAAAGAAUAUAAGAUUCGCUGAGAUAUUCUGUAGUUAAAAUUAAUUUUAAAAUAAAAUCCAAAAUCAAUUAUAUAUGUUGUUAUUCCCAGAAAUUUUAGGUUAACACAUUUUAGAGCUUUAAUCACAACAUAGCGAUAACAUAAAGCCGUGAUAUUUUUACUUUAGGUUAUCAUACCGUCAGGAAGUCAGACCGGCCCAUGCCUAACCUCCGGAUUUAUCUUGAAUUGCCAACUGGGAAGGGUGACACAUGACAAGUGUUCAAAAAAUGAUGACAAAUCAUCAAUAGGUCCGUCUCUGUACAUCCUUUAUGUUAUGUUGUCAAGCGCAUUCGUGUUUAGGGAGAGCACUUUAAUAAGGCAUUCUUGCAUCUAGAGGCCUUUACUUUGAACACUACAUUUUUUUUCAGUUUGCAAAUGGUUUUAAAUACAGUCUUUAUAGAGGAUAGAGCUUAGUCUGUUUAUUUGUUUUGUAAAGGACUGUUUGUGCCUUCAGGUUUUAUUUUAAGAUGACAUUUCUUGUGAACAUGUGCAAAUGCAUACCUGCAGAAUCUCUUCUUGUUAUGCAAAGACACUUUUGGAUUCCUUUCAUGGCUUUAGAAUCAUUUACCAUGUUGUCUUUUAAGGCUGCCUGCUAACGAGCUGAGCACUAGUGUCCAUCUGUAAACUGUCUGACUGGCUCUCAGAGACGUGGGGAAUUAAUCAGAUGUUUGUAAUGUGUAUGUGUGGAUACAUGUAUGUUCAACUCUGUCUUCAUGUAAUUAUUCAUUUAACCAUGCGAGCGGUCCAAGCAGUGAGAGUCAAUAAAAACCUUGGGGCAUGA